AUGGGGAGAAGAACAACAACAACAACAAGCACGACGAGAAUCAUGCGAAGAGCGAUCUUUACUUUCCUGCAAAACUACCAAUGCUUCACCUCAACCUCGUCGCUUCUCGCGUUCCCGUUCGCCGUCUCGACACUCCUCUCUCAGAUGCUCGUUUAUUCGUCGGAUGUUUUCCCGGUAAUCCACGCUCGCUUGAGGUCGCUUUUUCUUGCCGCCGGUUUUCCUCUCUCUUCGGAACUAUUCUCCCUUCUCAAUCUCAAGCUCUCUCAAACAAUCCUCUCGUUUCUCUUCGUCUCUCCCUUCACAUACUCAUUUCUCCUCCUCGCCAAAGCAUCAGUAAUCAAAACCUUCGAUCAAAAUAAACCCGAAGAAAAUCCCCGAGUUUCUUCUUCGAUUUCGCUUUUCAUUCCACUUCUCAUCACUCAACUAUGCAACUCGUUACUCAUACUUGCGGCCAACGCCACUUGUUUCUUCAUCCUAGUCAUAUUCUUCAACUUUUUAUACGUUCUAGGCAUCUCUUCACCGGGGCCCACAAUGCUCGUUUCUGCCUUGGGGGUCGUAAUUUACUCCAUUGUUCUUGCGAAUGCUUACAUCGUCAGUAAUUUAGCUUUGGUGUCGACUGGAAUGGAGAAGAGGGGUGGGUUCAUCUCGAUUCUCAAGGCGUGUGUUAUGAUAUUAUUACAGGGUAGAAAUGCAACUGCAUUGUCAUUGGCUGUGCCCGUGAGUAUGUCUUUGGCGGCCAUUGAAGCUCUUUUUCAAUACAGAAUAGUCGGAGCUUAUAAUAACGGUGGAGAUGCAAUUGCGAUGAUUAUCGAGGGAGUGCUCGUCGCUUACUUGUACGCUUUGGUACUCGUUCUUGAUACAGUUGUCGGUUGUGUAUUUUGGAAGAUUUGUACGAAAGAUCAGCGGAUAAUUGACGAGGAGGAAAUGCACUCUUACAAGAUUGAAAUCGAAGACAGAGAUGGAAAGUUUCUUGCAAAAUCGAUGUCGCUAGACGAAAUAAUUCCUUAA